AUGUCAAGCAUGAUGCGGCCAAAUCUAGGAAAACAAGUGCAACGCACCAUGAGCGCCAUCCACCGCAGGGGCCUUACACUCUGGCACCCUCCCAAGUUCGAAAACGAGAAAAUGCUUACCUACGCUAAGAACUCGUCCGAGCGCACCCAACUCACCAAGACAAUCGAAUUCAUGAAGCGCACAUUUCCCGUCCAGAUUCCUCUCACCGUCAACGGCGCAACAUUGCAACCAAAGGAAUCACGCACGCAGCUCAACCCUUCUAAACACUCGGAGAAAGUCGCGGAGUACGCCUCUGCAACACCCGACCAAGUCAACGCCGCCAUCGACGCCGCUCUCGCAGCCAAACCUGCCUGGGAAGCCACGCCCUUUGAAGACCGCGCCGCGAUUUUCCUGCGCGCCUGUGAACUGAUUACAGGCAAAUACCGCUCUGAGCUCGUAGCCGCGACAAUGCUCGGCCAAGGGAAGAAUAUCUGGCAGGCGGAGAUUGAUGCACCGGCCGAGACGGCGGAUUUCUUCCGGUACUACAUCCAGGAAGCGUGGUCGUUGUAUUCCCAGCAGCCGAGAGAACAGCCCGCCGGAAACUGGAAUAAACUCGAGUAUCGGCCGCUUGAGGGCUUUGUGUACGCGAUUGCACCGUUCAACUUCACCGCGCUGGGCGCAACGCUUGUUGGGCCGGCAGCACUGUUAGGCAACGUGGUUGUUUGGAAGCCGUCGGAUUCGGCACUGCAUGCGAGCUGGUUGCUUCAUCAGAUAUUGCUCGAGGCUGGACUUCCCAAGGACGUGAUUCAGUUCGUGCCUGGGGAUGCAGAGGGGGUUACAGACACAGUUCUGCAAAGACCAGAGUUUGGGGGCUUGUCGUUUAUUGGUUCAACAGCCGUUUUUAAGGGCAUCCAAAAGAAGAUCGGAAAUGCCAUUGGCCAGGGUGUGUAUAACUCAUAUCCUCGCGUGGUUGGUGAGACUGGGGGGAAGAACUGGGGUGUGGUUCAUUCUUCUGCAGAUAUCAGAAGCGCGGCACUGAACACAAUCCGCGCUGCGUUUGAGUACCAGGGCCAGAAGUGCUCGGCCAACUCACGGGUCUAUGUUACUGAGUCUGCCUGGCCAGAAUUCAAGGACCAUUUACAGAAAGAAAUUGCUGCGUUAAAGGUUGGUCCUGUGGAGGACUAUUGCAACUUCAUUAAUCCAGUCAUCCAUGAACGCUCAUUCGAUAAACUCAACCAGGUUAUUGAAGACGCAAAGAACGAUCCUGAGCUAGAGCUAAUUACCGGUGGAAAGGCAUCAAAAGAAGAAGGGUUCUACGUCCAUCCUACAGUAUACCAGACCAGCAACCCACGCCAUGAUAUCAUGUCUCGCGAACUUUUCGGCCCCAUCCUAGGCGUCUAUGUCUUCCCUGAUGAUAAGUGGGAGGAAACACUCAGGACAGUGGACACUACCUCGCGCUAUGCUCUUACAGGAAGUAUCUUUGCCAAAGACCCCUAUGCCAGUCGCCAGGCGCAGACUGUCUUGAAGCAUGCUGCGGGGAUGCUCUAUCUUAAUACAAAGUGCACUGGCUCUGUCGUGGCCCAGCAGCCUUUUGGUGGUAGUCGGGACUCUGGAACGAAUGACAAGACAGGCACAAUGGCUCACUUGCUGAGAUUCGCGAGUACUCGGACGAUUAAGGAAGACUUUAUCCCGUUGGAGAGUGUUCAGUAUCCUUCUAAUGAGGUUUGA